AAAGGUUUCUCCCAGAAGUGUUUUCAUCUUUGUUUUUGGCAAAUGGCCGAGCCGGCAGACACGACGUCACUUCCUCGAGUUAUUUCCAUUUGUUUGUGGCGAGCGCCAGUAGAUACACCUUGAAGACCAAAGAUAAAGCUACUAUUUUACCUUGCAGUGUGUCCGGUGGAAGCAGCAGUCUUUGAAUUUAGGGUUUUACGUGUUUCUUUUAACGCUGAAACGAUGCAGGCUAUAUAGCAGCUACCACACGUCUUUGGCGUUAGCAGAGACAGGAAAACGUGCGUCCGAGAUCAGAAGUAGUUGGUUGGCUAAGGUUAGCUCGCUAGUUUAGGUUAAUUGGCUGACUAUUGUUAGCUGUCGGGUCCUUGGUGCUGUUGGUGUUGUGGUGUUGACUAGCGGUGGCUGACUGGACAAUUGUAAGCUGAUGGAGUGCCCUCAUCUCAACUCAAAUGUUAGCUGUACCAUCGAUUACUCCUCCAGGUUCCCCAACGGCACCCCGUCCUCCUGGUGUUGCAACGUUUGCAGGUCUAAUAAAAGCCCGUGGAUUUGCCUUACCUGUCUGAUGGUCCAUUGUGGACGAUAUGUCAAUGGUCAUGCAAAGAAGCACUUUGAAGAUAGCCAGGUCCUUGGCAAUAAUCAAAGGAAGGGUGAGAAACAGGAAAAAGAGAAAACUCAUCAUUCUGUCUGCAUGGACUGCAGCAACUACAGUCUGUUUUGUUACAGAUGUGAUGACUUUGUUGUCAAUGACACCAGACUUGGACAGGUGCAAAAGGUGAGGGAACAUCUUCAGAGUUUGGAAAAUUCAGCAUUGAUGGGUGAGAGACAGAGGAAAAGAAAACUUCAGGACAACCCAGCUCCAGACAGCAAGCUGUUAAAAGACAAUGACGGGGCAGCAUUGGGCGCCACAGGCCUGCGGAACUUGGGCAACACGUGCUUCAUGAAUGCCAUUCUGCAGUCCCUCAGCAACAUCGAGCAGUUCAGCUGCUAUUUCAAGGAGCUGCCUGCAGUAGCUCUCCGCAGUGGUAAGACGGCAGGAAGAAGGAUGUACCACACCCGCAGCCAAGGGGACAGCAGUGUAUCUUUGGUGGAGGAGUUCAGGAAAACGCUUUGCUCCCUGUGGCAAGGGAGCCAAACCGCCUUCAGUCCAGACUCCUUAUUUUAUGCCAUCUGGAAGAUCAUGCCAAGCUUCAGGGGCUAUCAGCAGCAGGACGCCCAUGAAUUCAUGCGUUACCUGUUAGACCACCUCCACAGGGAGCUGCAGUACAGUCGCAACGGGGCUUCUCAUCCAGCCUCACCUCAGGAUGGAGUCAGACUGUCCACGGAGGGCAAAUGCUGCAUUAAUGGGACUGCCAGUGUUGUCACAUCUAUUUUUGGUGGUAUACUUCAGAAUGAAGUGAACUGCCUGAUAUGUGGGACAGAAUCUCGGAAGUUUGAUCCGUUUCUUGACCUGUCAUUGGACAUUCCCAGUCAGUUCAGACAAAAGAGAAGUAAGGACCAGGAGCCGGGGCCAACAUGCACCUUACGCGACUGCUUGCGAAGCUUCACUGACCUGGAAGAACUUGACGAAACAGAGCUGUACUAUUGCCACAAGUGUAAAAAGCGACAGAAAUCAACUAAGAAGUUCUGGAUCCAGAAGCUGCCAAAAGUUUUGUGUCUGCACCUUAAGCGGUUCCACUGGACCGCCUUUUUGAGAAACAAGGUGGAUACUUAUGUGGAAUUCCCACUGAGAGGCUUGGACAUGAGGGGCUACUUACUUGAGCCAGAGAACUCAUUACCAGGGACUUGCCUGUAUGACCUUGCUGCUGUCGUGGUGCAUCAUGGAUCUGGGGUUGGAUCAGGGCAUUAUACAGCAUAUGGCAGCCACGAGGGCCGCUGGUACCACUUCAACGACAGCACAGUGACUCUAACCAAUGAGGACACAGUCAGGAAGGCCAAGGCCUACAUCCUCUUCUACGUGGAGAAGACCGGUCAGGGGGCCUCAGACAAGACUGCCUCAAACAGCGCAGCCACAAAUAAGCCUGCUGUGGACACAGCAGCUGUGGACAGAGUUUCAUCAGAAACAGUCUCUCAGGACAAGGUUGCAGCAGAUACAGUAGCCACAGACAUGGUUUUGACAGAUGUGGAAGCCUUACACGUGAAUAUCCUGGACGAGAAAGCCCAAGAUACCCUGGGAGAUGUGAGCAAAGACACGACUGAACAAGAUGAGGCGGACACGUCGUCAGGGGACGCUGCAACAGAUAGGGAUACCUCAGACAAGGCUGCAGCAGAGGAAGCUCACCAAGCCAUACAAACUGUUGCACAAUGAUUAACUCAGAUUUCACUGCCUCAGACCAGCUCAUCACUCCAUUUUGACUUCACCUCAAUCACAUUUGUCACAGCGCUUGAUCAUGUUAGUUCGUUUUUCACAUUUAAUGUAUCAGCCUCUCUGUUGUGUUUAUGACCUGCUUGACAGCAUCAUGUAUUACUUGCUGCUUAUAUUUUUUUUGUUUUAGUGUGACUUUUUGCAUUUAUUUCUUGAAGGUGUAUUCCUCCACUGGGGUAGACUUUUCUGUAUGUAAUAGAUUCCAAAGGUGAUCGUUUAAAGUAAUGAAGUAAAGCUUUAGCCUGGGAAAACCUGAGCUGGUCCAAUGUUUAGCCUAGACUGAGGAGAUUCAUUGUGUCAAGACACUGUGUCCUUGUAACAAUAUUUGGAAUUCCUAUUGUUUUUGAAGUUUCCAGUUUUAUAUUUUCCACCUCUUAAGAACCUUGUAAUUCUGGUUUCCAGUUAUUAACGGAGAUUUUAGGAUUUAGAAGGCAUCACAUUUGUCUGACAAGCGCUCCUUAGGGCUUUAGAAAGUCGUGAUCAUUCUCAAGUAGUUUUGUCCGUAUUGGUGCUGAAGUAUCAUUGAACAUUUUAUGUUGAUCUGAAAAGGGUAUACAGGGGACCUAAAGAAAUUGUCUUUUAAAAAUGUGUGACUGUGACAGAAUGCAAUAGAGAAGAUUUUGUUCAAA